GAAGAAGAAACAGACUUGAAAAUCGAUACUCGAGCUCUUCAACGAGGCACCUCCCGAAGGAAAUCUUCUCAUCACAAUGGCCGACAAACAAAACGCACAGAAAAGUGUGAAAAUAGCCGCCGGAGCUGUAGUUUGUGUCGAAAGUGAGAUCAGAGGAGAUGUCACAAUAGGUCCCAGGACAGUGGUCCACCCUAAAGCUCGGAUCAUAGCAGAGGCAGGACCUAUAGUGAUCGGAGAAGGCAAUUUAAUCGAGGAGCAGGCUCUCAUCAUCAACAGUUACCCAGAGAACAUCACACCAGACUCAGAGGUGGAACCAAAGACUAUGACCAUUGGUAUUAACAAUGUAUUUGAAGUUGGCUGUGUAUCACAAGCGCUGAAAAUUGGGGACAAUAAUGUGAUAGAAUCAAAAGCUGAUGUUGGUAGAAACGUGAUCCUCACCAGUGGCUGUAUCAUUGGAGCUUUCUGUCAAGUCAACACCUGUGAAGUUAUACCUGAAAACACGGUCAUCUAUGGCUCUGGAUGUAUGAGGAGGGUUCAGACAGAAAGGCCACAGCCCCAGACUCUCCAGCUUGACUUUUUGAUGAAGAUUUUGCCCAACUACCACCAUCUGAAGAAAACUAUUAAAGCAGGCCAGAGUGCGAGCUAAGACUUCAGCUUACAAGUUUUGACAUUCAGUUUUAACUCAGUAGCAGGUAUUUAAAUAGACUGUGGCGAAGCAUGAAUGUAUAGUAUGUAAUUGUAUACGUAACAAGCUUCUUCAGCAAUUUUUCAGAUACUAAUAUCAAAGUUUUCUAUUCUAAAAAUAACUCAUUUGCUUUACUGAUUUUCUAUGAUUAUUAAAUAACUUAAAGGAAAAGUUGAUGUUGUGUGCAUUAAUGCUACAAACAGGGUUGUAGGAGUAAAGAUGCUCAUUGUAAAUUCACACAAAAGUGGGGAAAAGCAAUUUAAAUAUAAUGCCGCAUUUUAUAUGAAUACUUUAUGCAGAUUAUUUUUAUGCUAAUGUCUUUUCCAUUUUGGUGGUAACAAACUUCACUAAAACCAAUGUCCAACGGUGCUAAUUUCCAUCUAUAUA